AUGGAGUACCCGCGCAUCAUAGCCGCUGGCGAUGUCCACCGAAGCCGCAACGAGAAUCAACAACCUGUUGUUGGCAAUAGUCUUGACAAGGCUGUUUUCGAUCUGAAAAACAGUGUCGUUAGGCUAAAAUCUGACUUUGGUGAUGGAAAACCAACACUCGGCACUGGGUUCUUUGUCAACUUCCCGUCCAAAAAAUACGAUGUCAUAUUGACAGCCGCCCACAACCUCAUCAAUAAAAACAAAGUCGAGGUCUCGAACUUGAAGGUUAUAUGCGCAAGGGAGAAGAAAGACUCCCAGAAAGACGCCCAGAAAGACGCCCAGAAAGACUCCCAAAAAGAUGGAGAAGAGUCCAAGAAGGAUGAAGAAGAAUUCGAGCAUGUUGUUGAGUACAAAAUCUGUCCCAAGUACAGGGAACUCCUCGAAAACGGGGGUACCCCUUCCGAAAUGUGCUCUCAUGACUACGGGAUCAUCUUGCUUCACAAGGACGAUAGUAAGGCAGGCAAUAGGCAAGGUCUGGGAUUGAGUCUUAGGCUCAGCUCCCAUACAUCCUUGCAAAACGCAAAAGAAGCACGGGUAAGCGGUUACGGAGCAGGAGACGACGCAAAUACUCCGCCGAAAAACAGCUCCGGUUCCCUAAAGCUAGGUGGAAGUCAAUAUCUUGAAUACAAAGCGCCAACAGAACAAGGAAUGAGCGGAUCACCCGUCUGGGUUCCCUAUGGCGGUUACCCGAUGGUGAACAGCGAUUUCGCCAAGGUGUUCCUAGGCUCGAAGGAAGUAGCCUUGGAGCAGGAUAAUGUUACCUUUGACAUUAUGCCGGCGAUGGUUUUUCCGAGAUGGACUGAAAAAGUCGCGCUAUAUGCGUUCAAAUUCCACAAGCCGUCAACUUGGAGCGAUGGGAAAAAGUGCUGGGUUGAGUGGCAGCCAGCACGGCAACGGGCGAUACUGGUAGACAUCCUGAAAGAUGUCAAUCUUGUCAGAAUACAAGACGGUAUGGGCAAAAGCAAAAAACGACUCAUCAUCCUUAUACCUGUGCCGGGAGAUAAAGUCCAAUAUCAGGAGCUGAGACUAUAUGACGAUGAGCGGGAUGAGGAUGAUAUCGAGGAUGGAAUGACCGAGUUUGCGGGGGUAUCAUUUGGAGGAUGGGGGGAAACGGCGAAUAUGGUUGGAACCCGGCUCUUGAUGAUUGAGUAGACCUGAGUGUCUGGUUAGCAACUUGAUUCUUGUCAAAUUGAUUCUUGAUUUUCCUGGAAUAAAAUACUUUCAAUUAUUGGCAAAUUUAUUUACAACUACACAGAUAGGUAUCUACUAGACCUACAUCUAUCUAUUAUAUCUACAUCUAUCUACUAGAUUUACGUCUAUCUAUUACAUCCAUAUCUAUCUACUAGAUCUAUAUCUAU